AUGCCGCCAGGAGAUAAAAAGCCCGUUUGUCUCCAGGAAGUGCAGCGAGAAGGCUGUUCAGAUCGUUACGGGAAUAUACUGAACGUUGACACAACUGGAGCUUCAGAGGCAACUGCGAGACCGGAAGGCCUGAGCUAUGCAGGAGUUGCUGCCUCAGAGAAGAUUGCAGAAAAGGAUUUGAAGAAUAUGGAGAAAUACCAAGCCAAGAUUAGAAGAGUUGGCAACAGCAAGUGUGUUGAUCCAGCUGUGAUUGCUGGUAUUAUCUCUCGAGAGUCACACGCUGGGACAGUGCUAGAGGAUGGCUGGGGUGACUACGGAAAUGCAUUCGGUUUAAUGCAGGUUGACAAACGUUACCAUAAGAUUGUCGGGUCAUGGGACAGUGAAGAACACUUAGCGCAAGGCACACAGAUUUUAUGUGACAUGAUAAAGGAAAUCCAGAAGAAAUUCCCAACAUGGACAAAGGAACAGCAGCUCAAAGGUGGGAUUUCAGCCUAUAAUGCGGGACCUAACAAUGUCCGGAGCUAUGACAGAAUGGAUAUUGGCACAACACACAACGACUAUGCUAAUGAUGUGGUUGCAAGAGCCAAGCUUUUUAAGAGAAACGGAUACUGA